AUGGUCUCUCUGCUUUCUGCAGCGCUGCUGCUGCUGGCUUCGGGCGCUCAGCUCGCCGUCUCUCAAUUCGUGACUGCGCCAAAGAACUUGACCAGCAAGGCCGGUUACGCAGGUGUGACGGUGCGCUACAAGUCUGUCCCGGCAGGCAUCUGCGAGCAAGACCCUGACGUGAAGAGCUAUUCUGGCUACGCCGACGUGUCCCCCGGCCAGCACAUCUUCUGGUGGUUCUUUGAGGCGCGCAACGUGGACCCCACGACAGCGCCCCUAACCAUCUGGAUCAACGGCGGACCGGGUUCGUCGUCCAUGAUCGGACUGUUUCAAGAGCUGGGACCCUGCCGGAUCAAUCUGGACGGCGACGCCGUCAACAACCCGUAUUCGUGGACCAAUGUCUCCAACGUCAUUUUCAUCGACCAGCCCACGCAGGUCGGGUUUUCCUACUCCUCGCCCGUUCCUGCGUACGAGGACCCCAACUCGGGAUAUUUGGUGGAGCUGCCCGACAACACCUGUCCCGAAUAUGCCAGUGAUUGGAGCUGCGGGACCUACUCAUACUGGAACGAGACCCUGACGGCCAACAACACGCCCACGACGGCGCCGAACAUGUGGAAAACGCUGCAGGGGUUCAUGGGCGCGUUCCCGCAGUAUGCGAGGCAGGAGAUUAACUUUGCGACGGAAUCGUAUGGCGGCCACUAUGCGCCCCUCAUGUCCGAAUACUUUGAGUCCCAGAACUCCAAGAACAUCACGGGCGCCCAUCCCAUUUCACUCCAACACGUCCUGAUCGGCAAUGGGUGGUACGACCCCCUGAUCCAAUACCAAGCGUACUACAACUUCACGGUCUUCCCGGGGAAUACGUACAACUACGACCCGUUCAACCAGUCCAUCAAAACCCAAAUGUACAACAACCUGUACGGACCGGGAAACUGCUACGACCAGACGGUGGACUGCAACACCCACGGGACCAACGAGAUAUGUACCGCGGCGGACAAUUUCUGCCUCCAGCAGGUCGAGAGCAUCUACGACAUCUAUUUGAACAGAGACGAAUAUGACGUGCGGUACAUCAUGCCCAACCCGUUCCCGCCCACGGAGUAUGUCGACUACCUCAACACGGAGAAAGUGCAGGCCGCGAUCGGUGCCUAUGUCAAUUACACCGAGAGCGACGCCGCCGUGGGCAACGCAUUUGGAUCCACGGGUGACGACGACCGCGAGAUCGGCACCGUCGAGGCCCUCCAGGGCUUGCUGAAACAAAACAUCUCGGUAACAAUGUACUUUGGCGACGCCGACUACAACUGCAACUGGCUGGGCGGGCAGGUCGUGGCCGAGCACGUCAACGCCACGGGUUACACGGCCGCUGGCUUCGUCAACAUCUCCACCCCCGACGGCGUGGUGCACGGCCAAGUCCGGCAAUCCGGCAAAUUCGCGUUUGUGAGGAUCUUCCAGUCCGGCCACGAGGUGCCCUUCUUCCAGCCCCUGGUGUCGCUGGAGAUGGUCGCCCGGACGAUUUCCUGCAAGGACAUCGCGACGGGGAAAACCACAAUCACGUCCGGGUAUAAGACCUCGGGCCCGGCCACGACGACCUACAGAGAGGGCAAUGCGACUAUUCAGUUCCAAGUCACUCCGCCGGACGCGAUUUAUAAUACGACCACCGCUAUGCCGCAGAAUUCGACCUCUAGCGGCGGUGGGAAACUUGCCAAACGUGCCACGUACAGCUUGAGGCGGGCCAAGAAGAUCAAGAGGGACGGGUUGGGCGGAUGGUCGAAGUGA